AUGGGUGCUAUUGAUUAUACGUCUCGUUCGUCUCCAAAUUAUGAUGACAAUAAUUCACUAUCAUCAUCAUCAUCAUUAUCUGAACAUGUAUCAGCAUCACAUUCUCCUAAACUACGAACAACAUCAUCAUCUGUUUCAUCAACAAAUUCUUCAUCAUCUGUAACACAUCUAAAACCGACAAAAUCAUUUUUUAUCUCCGACAUAUUAAGUCCAAAUUUUGGUCCCAAUGAAGAUUGUCAUAAAUCAUUUAAUGCAAAAAAUUUUACGUCACCAACGCCACAAACACCAUCCAGAAAAACUUGUAAUUCAAAUAAUCAAAAAACAUCAUCAAAAUCUUCAUCAUCAUCCACAUCAUCGACAAUUAAUUUAUGGCCAGCGUGGGUCUAUUGUACAAGAUAUUCUGAUCGUCCAUCGGCUGGUCCUCGUGCUCGAAAACCAAAACCAAAUGAAUCUCUUGAUUCUAAGCGUCCUCGAACAGCGUUUACCAGUUCACAAUUAUCUCGUCUAAAAGAUGAAUUUGAACGUAGUAAAUAUUUAACGGGUGAACGACGACAAACAUUAGCAAAUGAAUUGGGUUUAAAUGAAUCACAAAUAAAAAUAUGGUUUCAAAAUAAACGAGCAAAAAUUAAAAAGACAAGUGGUGUACGUAAUACAUUAGCCAUGCAAUUAAUGGCACAAGGACUCUAUAAUCAUGUAUCAUCAAUGUCGAAUAAAGAUGAUGAUUUAGACGAUGAUGUGGAUCUUGAUGAUUGCUAA